AUGGAUUGCCUGAAGAACAACUUCGUCAAAGGCCAGCUCUUGGAUGGUCGUUUUAGGACCGUGGCUCCCUUGAACCAUGGAUCCUUUGGUAUGGUCUUUCUCGCUACAGAUACCAAGACCGGUCAAGAUGUGGCCAUCAAGUGUUUGACCAAGGCACCAUCCGAUGAUCCAUGGGCUCCAUCUGCGAUCGACGAUCGUUUUGAAGAGCUCUAUUGUCACAAGCGCCUUGCCCACCAUCCGAAUAUCGUGAAUCUUAUUCACUCAUUCGAGACGGAGGCCCAUUUGUACCUCGUUCUGGAGUACUGCGCCAACGGCGAUCUUUAUGAAGCAAUUCGGCUCAACCGCGGUCCCUUGGAGACAGAGCAUGUUCGCGAUUUCAUGCUGCAGCUGGUUAGUGCUGUUGAGUUCCUUCACUCGAAUGGCAUGUACCACCGUGACAUCAAACCGGAGAACAUCUUCUUGACGCAUGACGGUACGAUGAAGCUCGGUGACUUUGGUUUGGCAACUCGUGCUGCUUGGUGUCAUGAAGCGUGCGUUGGAAGCGACCGCUACAUGGCCCCCGAACAGUACGACCCGGGUGCUAAUGGCUAUUCGCCUGCCAAGGCUGAUAUCUGGGCGAUUGGCAUCUGCUUGCUGAAUGUCCUCUUCGCUCGGAAUCCCUUUGCAACCCCCACGGAAUCGGACAUCCUCUUCGCGGAUUACGUUCGUGACCGCCAGUCUCUCUUCGACAUCUUCACCAACAUGUCCCAGGAUACUUUCGAAAUCCUGAGAAUUGCCUUGGCCAUCGAUCCGGAGAAACGCUCGCUCGCUGGUGUCCGUGAUGCCCUCGUACGGGCGGUUUCCUUCACUACCGACGAGGAGGUAUUGGACGACUUCUGCACUGAUGACCGCGAGGUUGUUCCUGCAAGCGCCAACCGCGAACCUCUCCGAACCCCAUCCGUCCAAACCACAUCUGCACACCAAGGCGAUUCUUUCCCCUGGGCCAAAGCUUUGCAAUCCAGCCCGCCACAAGCCAUCCGCCAGCUGUCUGCUAUCCCCGACAACGAGAGCUACUCCGAAGACCUCUUCCCUGCCUCGGAAACGGCUGGUACUUCCUGGUUCUCCGUUCAUCAGGGCACCCCAUCUAUGGCAUCCGUUCUCGACUCCGCCUUGGGUGAAUCUUUCAAGUCUACUGCAUUCCGCCCGACUGCCCCUAGGUACCCACCUCCUUCGGAUCCUGUGCCAAUCACAGGUUCUCUUCCGAGCCAUGCAGCCAAACCAGUACCUUCUCUGUCCAUGGUGUUUGGGCGGAACAAGGGCGACCAGAUUUCCAAGAGCUGGAGCGACCUUUGGGAUGAGGAUGAGGAAUUCGAACAUGAGGACGUCGUCUUCCAAGAGAGGCAUGAGGCGAACUCGCGUAGCUGGAGCCAUGAGAGCAGCGGCAUGGAUGUUCCUACUCCCGCGACUGGGCUUCAUGAGCCCAAGUCGUCCUCGCUUCUCAAUGCUCGUUCGUCUGCGCAACAGACGCCUUCCACCAAGCCCGUCGACAUCACGGCCAAGUCACCUCUCGCCGAUGUUGGUACUCCUUCUGUGAAUUCAGCUCCUCGCUUCUCGCAAAGCUCACCCAAGAAGUCGAAUCUGGACAAGUGGGCCGCGCUAGGCGACAGAAGAAGAAAUUACAAACCUACGGAAAGAUCAUUCGGCCAGCCGAAGUCUUCAAACAGCAUGAGCUGGCGAAAGGAUUGGGGCCUUGGCUCGUCCGGAUUCGACUACGGAUCUUGGGCCAAGAAAGAUAAUCUCGCGCAUCAGGACCGUCGCCGCCGCCCGUUCCAGGAGAAGAGUAAGCGCCGCGAUGCCGUGGAAUCUCCAAAGGCUGUCAAACCUUUCACUCCCAGCGGUUACGAUGGAAGCAUUGACGAAGAUCUUGAUCUUGUGGGUGGCUGGCACGACCUUCACCUCUAA